GAACGACGUUUGGACGCGGCAGAAGUAGCAGCUUCCCACUCCAACACUCCUUCCCCUUCCCUCCAUCUUUCUUACUCUACAGACAGCAGAUAGAGAGAGAGAGGGGCAAGAAACCGACGCCACGACUUUCUUCCUCCUGUAAUUUUCUGCUCUCCCUCUCAUUCUCAUUUUUGUUUCUCCCAACAUUCCCAUUCUCAAGUUCGUUCUUCGUUCUUUUUUCUUCUUUGUGUGUUUCUUUUUUGGGCCAUUGAGAAGGAAAUCCCUGCUUCACUGUUCCAUAGCUACUUUCUCUUCUCUUUUGCUCGCAGUUUCCCGCUUUGCCUCACUUUAUUCCUAGUUUUUGGGGAGUUUUGUUCCUUGAUUUCGACUUCAUUCCUAGCGUAAAGUAAUGGGUUCCUCAUGAUUUUGCCUGUGAACCCAUUCAAUCCCCGGAUCAGUUGAUCGUAAGGACGAAAACCCAGUUGCAGGUUUGCUUGUUCUUCUUUUGAAUGAUUCGAGACUUCGGAAAUUGGUGGAAAAUGAAAGAUGGGUUGGGCUUUGAUUCCACUGUUUUGUUUUCUUCUACCGUCUCUCCCAUGAUUUUUCUGAGCCAGUAGACAGGGGUUUUUUUUUGUUGUUUACCGAGAGGAACAAAAAUGGUAGUUUUUAAAUGUUUGCAUAACGGGAUCCCUUUUAAUGGCAACGGUUAUCAGAUUAACAUGAAACUCGGGGGAAGGAAACAUAACCUACCACUUGCAUUGUUCAAUUUCCCAAAGCCAGGGAUUUCAUUUUCGUCCUAGAUUUGCAGAAAGGAUCAUUUAUGUCUUUGGCAAUUUUUUCCAGAUCAGGGCAGCAGAGCAAGUGAGGAGGGGGGAAAUGGCGUCGUAAUUUAAACCACCGGAUCAAUCUACUUCCCCUCCAUUACCUUAUCGGAAGCUGCCUUCACAACUUUGUGAACUGCGUUCACUCAACUUUACUCCUGGCAUUGAAAAUGACUCGGAGUUUGUAGGUACACUUACCAUUUCCCUGUCUCUAUCUUCCUCUUUUGAUGGUUCUUUGUUAGAGAGAAGAGUUGGGAAUGGGGACCAUGAAUGCCAGCAGCAAAAGAUCCAAAAACUUCGCUUUUAAACUCUCCCAGUUGGGGGAAGAGUAGCUUCAACAGUUCUUUGGCUUGGUGUUGAAGCAAUUCGUCUGGUUUUUGUGGGUUAUGAUUGGAUUGACAAUGGCAAUUGAUCAAUGUUGAAGGAAUGAGGUUUUUUGGGUUCCUUCACUUUUUUUUUUCACUUAAUUUUCUUUGUGGGCUUGUGUUUCUAUUUAUAAAUAAUCAAAUCUUAGGACUGAAGGUUACGCAAGAGCUUUCAUUCUUAACUACCCUUCCACGAUUGUCUUCCUUUUUCACUUGCUAUUUGCCUUAUUCUUCUUUUCUGGCUUCCUAUUUGGUGCUCACUUUAAUAUAUUUUGCUCUCUUCUUUGCACUUUCACGCUUGGCAGCUGUCAUUAGCCUUCUCUCUUUCUUUUCUUGGUGUUCUAAAGUUGGGUGUAAAUUUGUUAGGUGGUUAGUUAGAGCGACCAAGUAUAGCUUGUUUGAUGGAAACUGUUGAUCAAUAUUCUGCUUCUUUUAUUCCGUCCUCUAAUGUGAGUACUUAACCCUUGGGUUAGUUGGAUAAUGACGGUGAUUAACUUCUUAUUUACAGUCAGUUUGGGUGGUGAAGGAAGGGAGCAAUGAAUUGCAAUGCCUUUAGCGACAAUGCUGCAGCUUUACCUAUAACAACUUAAAACCAUCUUGCUUUGCGGGGAAAGAGUAGCUAAACUGUGAGUGCUUUUGACUCAAGAGACUUACGGUUUGCUAUUUUUAGAACUUUUUUUUUGAUCGAUGGGAUUGAUUUGAUUCAGUGUGGCUAAAAAAAUGGGGUCAAUUGGAGCUGAAAGCUCACCGAAGAUGGAGAAGAUGCAAAUGGCGGCGAGCACACGAGAAGAGAAGAUUCUUGUCUUGGUGAGACUCAGACCUUUGAGUGACAAGGAGAUCAUGGGAGAUGAAGUUUCAGAUUGGGAAUGCAUUAAUGAUACUACUGUCUUGUAUCGGAAUACCCUCCGUGAAGGCUCCACGUUUCCCUCGGCCUACACUUUUGAUAGAGUAUUUCGGGGUGAUUGUACAACGAGGCAAGUGUACGAGGAUGGACCCAGAGAAGUGGCCCUUUCAGUUGUUAGUGGCAUCAAUGCAAGCAUAUUUGCUUAUGGUCAAACAAGCAGUGGAAAGACGUAUACAAUGAAUGGUAUCACUGAGUAUACAGUAGCUGACAUAUUCGACUAUAUAAACAAGCAUGAAGAAAGAGCCUUUGUUCUGAAGUUCUCAGCAAUUGAGAUAUACAACGAGGCUAUCAGAGAUCUCCUAAGCACAGAAAACACUUCACUUAGACUCCUAGAUGAUCCAGAGAAAGGGACUGUGGUAGAGAAAGCCACUGAAGAGACUCUAAGGGACUGGAACCAUCUAAAGGAGCUCCUAUCAGUUUGUGAAACUCAAAGACAGAUAGGGGAGACCUUUUUGAAUGAGAAAAGCUCCAGAUCACAUCAAAUCCUUAGAUUGACAAUUGAAAGUUCUUCUCGUGAGUUCUUAGGCAAAGAAAACUCGACCACCCUUUCAGCCACUGUGAAUUUUGUCGACUUGGCAGGGAGUGAACGUGCAUCUCAGGCAUUGUCUUCUGGGGCAAGAUUAAAGGAAGGAUGCCACAUUAACCGCAGUUUACUGACUUUGAGUACUGUUAUUCGUAAGCUAAGUAAGGGGAGAAAUGGACACAUCAACUACAGAGAUUCAAAACUGACUAGGUUGCUUCAACCAGCUUUAGGUGGCAACGCUAGAACUGCCAUCAUCUGCACAUUGAGCCCAUCAAGGAGUCAUGUGGAGCAAACUAGAAACACGCUACUAUUUGCUUGUUGUGCUAAAGAAGUCACUACGAAAGCACAAGUUAAUGUCGUCAUGUCCGAUAAGGCUUUGGUCAAGCAUCUGCAGAAAGAGUUGGCUAGAUUGGAGAGUGAACUGAGAAGUCCUUCCCCCGCUUCAUCAACUAACGAUCAUACAACGUUACUGAGAAAGAAAGACCUUCAGAUUCAAAAGAUGGAGAAAGAAAUCAGGGAGCUGACUAAGCAACGCGAUCUUGCUGAAUCUCGUAUUCAGGAUUUGCUCCAAAUGAUUGGUCAAGAUCAAAAUUCAAGAAAAACGAGUGAGAUUAGUCAGAAUCCAGACCAACAAGAAAGGCGUAGAUGGGAAGAAGAUGAAUGUUCAGUGUCAGAAUCAUACCCCCCUACUUAUGGCGGCGGUGCAAGAAGAGUAUACGGAACCCGUUUUGAUGGAAACAGCGGGAGCCAUCUACAGGACAGUGGUCUUGAUGAUGAUGAUGAUUCUGAUGCCACUUCUUCACUUGUCCCAUUUGGGAAGAAGAUUGCCAGAUCAAAUUCUCGCCAUAGCCUUGCGAUUAUUGAUGAUGAUGAUGAUGAUGAUGAUGAUGAGUACUGCAAAGAAGUACAGUGUAUUGAAAUGGAGGAGACGAGGCAAAACAAUCCUGAACACCAUCCGUCAUCAAUCUCACAUGGUGGAAGUGAAGGACAAGCUGCAGUCAGGGUAGAGCAGGAAGUACCAACUCAAGGAAUCGGAGAUAGAGAAGCGCAACACUCGCAGAAUAAUGGAUUUACAAACGAAGCAAUGGAACAAAGGCUGCAUCUUGUUAAUGGGUCAAGUUCUAUAAGCACGAAAUUAGGGAGGAGCCGGAGCUCGAAAGAGAACCCCACAAUUGGUGACAGCACGCCUCCCAAUGGGUUGGAGAGGAAGUAUGCUGGGCGACCAGAGAGCGUCAGGAGAAGGUUUCCAUCCAUGUUGUAUGACACCGAUGCUGCAAGACUGACAAGAAGUGAUUCUCAGUCAUCUAUCGAGAGUGCUGCAACAGUUGAGACUCAGGGUGUAGCAACUGCAGAUGAGGAUAUUCCAACAGUUGAAACUUUUGUUGCUGGACUGAAGGAAAUGGCCAAGCAGGAGUAUGAAAAACAGCUUGUCAACCAGACUCUAGGGGAUGAAAAGAAGAAGACUAACGUCAAGGACAUUGGAUUGGAUGCUAUGCUCGAUGAACUAACAACUCCUGAUUCACCACUGAAGUUUGAGAGACAGCAGAGAACUAUUAUCGAACUCUGGCAUACUUGCAAUGUCUCAUUGGUUCACAGGACGUACUUCUUCUUGCUCUUUAAAGGCGAUCCACUGGAUUCGAUAUAUCUCGAGGUGGAGCUACGGAGGCUCUCCUUCCUUAAGGAAACAUUUUCUCAUGCAAACCAUACGGGAGGCCAUACUCUCACACUGGCCUCAAGCAUAAAGGCGCUUCAUAGAGAGAGAGUGAUGCUGAGCAAGCUGAUGCAGAGGAGGUUGCCUGGAGACGAAAGGAACAGGCUAUAUCAGAAAUGGGGUAUUGGGUUGAACUCAAAGCGAAGAAAGCUUCAGUUGGUCAACCGACUGUGGGGCAACACGAAAGACGUAGACCACAUCACAGAGAGUGCAGCCAUUGUUGCAAAGCUGGUGAGGUUUGCAGAGCAAGGACAGGCACUCAAGGAGAUGUUUGGGCUGAGUUUCACACCUCCAAGCACAACAAGAACGAACUCCCUGGGCUGGACUUACAGCAAGUCUUCUCUUUUGUAGUAGCGGAUCAUGAGUAGAGUAUUACAGGUCGAGUGUGAUUUGGGUUUUCCCCCAUUUUUUGAUUUUUGUAUGGUGUGAUGGGUGAUGUUUGAAACAAGAGUGCAGAUUGAAGAGUGUAAAUUACUAAAUUCUAAUGUGUAGUAGUUUGAUUGACUAUAGAGUAGAUUUUCUGGUGGGGAAUGAAUGUAUUGGCUUCUGAUUUACAGUACAAGAAUCCUUAACUUUUGAGACUUGAGAUUCUGCAGUCUGCGAAAGCUGGUUGUUUCAUGGGGACUGUAACUACAGAAUUUUUAGAUACUGAGGUGAAACCAUUAUCAAAAGCUGUUACUUCUUUCGCAAACUAAAAAUGAAUACAAGAGUAGUUCGGUUAUCCAUGUGACACGAACUAUUGAGUCUAGAGUACACAGUACCAGGAUCCUUUGAAUACAAAAACCAGACGAAGAGUAAUGCUGAUUGAGAGACAUUAAGCUUAGAAGACAACUGUGUCAAGCAUGGUGCCGAGAGUCUGGAUGAUGUUGGACGACAUCAGAUUAGAAACGUGUUCUUCAAGGUGCUUUUUGGCAUCUUGUCGUCCCACAUUUGCAAUAGCAAGCUUCUCAGGUGGAAGCUCGUCUUCUUCUUGCACUGCCUUGUUAUACUUGACUGCUAAGUUCAACAUCUCCUGCAAUCCAAACCAUGCCAAACAACAAGGAGAUACAGAGUUCAUCAGCAUUAACAUUUGGGAUCGCACUAGAAACACAUGCAUAACUCGAAAUGAUCUAAUUACAAUUCAACAAAGAACAAAGCAAACU